AUGUCUGCACCCGUUGUUUUUCAAUUGGGCCACGAGCCCAUCAAGGACCACUGCUUUUCCCCAAACUUUGAUAUUUUGGCUGUGACAAAGGACAACACGGUCGAAUUGUACCAAAACUCCCCAGGCUCCUCCAAGAAACCAACCCUCAUCACCGUCUUGAAAGGUCACGACAAAACCGUCACCUCCGUAGACAUUUCUCCUGACGGUUCGAAGAUUUUGACCUGUUCUCAGGAUAGAAAUGCCUUGGUGUGGCAAUGGAAUGAUGAAGCACGUGAGUUCAAGCCUACUUUGGUGCUUUUGCGUAUCAACAGAGCCGCCAAGGUAUGCAGAUGGUCUCCAAAUGGUGAUAAGUUCGCCGUCGGUUCGGCAGAUCGCGUCAUUGCUAUCUGUUACUACGAGGAGGAAAAUGACUGGUGGGUCUCCAAACACUUGAAGAAACCCCUCAAGUCCACCAUCACCAGCUUGUCGUGGCACCCAAACAACGUGCUUUUGGCGUCAGGCUCUACAGAUGGCCACGUUCGUGUAUUCAGUGCCUUUAUUAAAGGCUUGGACACAAAGCCCGAGCCAUCUGUUUGGGGGUCGAAAUUACCUUUCCAGACGUUGGUUGGAGACUACACUAAUGAGACAGGCGCUUGGGUCCAUGAUGUCUCGUUCAACGAAGACGGUGCUGGUGACUCUUUGGCCUACGUCAGUCAUGACGGCACUGUCUCCGUCGUUUACCCACAAGGUGAAGGUUUGCCUCCUACAGCCUUUAUUACAGUGAAGACGAACUUUUUACCAUUCAAGUCCCUUCUUUUCUUGCACGACAAGAUCAUUGUGGGUGGCCACAACUGUAACUUGAUUGUGUUCCAGGGUAACGAGAGUGGUUGGCGUGAGGCUUACCAUGUGGAGAAGCAAAAGGAUUUGAUUCACGACGUACCUCCGGUAGCCGACGAUGACGUGGAGAUUUCGAGUCACGACGCGCUCAACAUGUUCAAGCAAAUGGACUUGAAGGGUAGAGUCAACAAAACCAACAAGGGAAGCGGAAAAGCCCUCAGCACCAUCCACCAAAAUACUAUUACUAGUCUCAGAUGGUAUGAUGGUGGUAAGGUUUCGACCUCUGGUAUUGACGGCAAAAUUGUAAUUUUUAGUGUCUAG